CUUAACCUUCCUUCUUCUAUCCAGGGCGGACACGACAAUAUCCGAGCAUAUAGCAGCCCAGGAGAACAAGAAGAAGGGGAAGAAGAAGAACAAGGUUGGAGGAAAGAAGAAUGUAAGGAGUAGACCGUAUUCUUUAGAAAUAGCAGGAUACCAGGCUAACUCUCUGGUGUGUGGGGGUAUGUUUAAACUUCUAGUUGCUGCUAAGAAGGAAGGAAAAAUAUUGUCCCCUAGUCCAGAUUUUGAUAAUGAAGCGGUUAGAUACGAUCAUAGGUUUGCUGCUUUUGGAGGUCUGCUCACUCCGCCAUUGGCCCCCUACUCACAAUAUAAGGAUGUACUCGGAUUAACAGAAGAGAUCAAUGCUAAAGAUUUAUAUUUAAUUGCAUCCAGAGAUUUUGCCCAGGCCAGACAAGUUCUAGAAUCCGUUCAGCAGGCGUGUGAUGGUGAUACUGAUACAAAGAACCUGAUUACUGUUUGUAAAACAAACCUUAUUGUUUCCUCAGUUCUAGCCAAGGAUUCUCAAAACAGAACUCUUACUUUUGACUUCUCUCUCCAUCCUUCCUUUCCAAUCAUCAAACUUUCUUAGCUGCGUUCCUGUAACAUUUAUCGUUAUUAAUAGUUAAUUUUCAUUUUCAGUGUAUAGAUUUGAAAUAUUUUUAUUGUACUAGUCUA